CAGACAACAAAUCUGCCCAUCAUGCUUCCCACAACCCUCCUUCUGAGCCUCUGCGCUCUCACCCUCGCCCACCCAGCCGAAGACAUUGUCCCCAAAUCCCCAGCCAUCACCCCCAUCCCGCCCAUCAACACCUGUCCCGCCUCCACACCUCACGUCUACGUCACCACCAUCACCACAACCACCUACCGGGAGCGCCACUGCCCGUCCUACAUCACCCGAGUCGAUACGCCCGCGCCGUGGUCGACAUGCUCGUUUAACACACUGACGUGCACGCGGCCCGCGUGUCUCUCCCUCAAGACUAUCACGUGGCCUUGCAAUACGGAUCCGUGCUGCACGAGGACGGCGACGGAUACCGUGUAUGCGAGUUGUCCGACGAAGUGUCCAACGGGGUGUGCGACGAGUUGGGAGGUGGUAAGGGCGAGCUGUCCGACGGCGAGGCCUACGCCUUAUUAGGUGUGGCCGUUUCUCUCUUUGCUGGAUUCUUGGUGUAUUGGCCGGAAGAGGUUGUGUUAGGAAGCUGGAGGCAGGAACGGGCGCUCCGAGAAGAAAGAGAAUGCACAUCCUCCAUGGUUCAGGCGUUGACGGUUUCCUGUAGUUUGGUUUUGGGUAUGCGAUUUCAGAGCAAAGGGACGUGGUGGCUCAGGCUCAGCAAGAGGGAUAUGUUCACCGUAGCUCAACACGAGUUUAAGUUUCCCGAAGGACUUCAGCAUCACCAAACGCUCGCGAGACUGCUCAAUAAUCUUCCUCCUGGGACAGCAGCUCUCUUCCCGAAAUUGCCAAGCAUCGUGUCCGUCAUUCGAGCCCGUUAGGCGAAUUAAGCAUCUCGGAACCGUUGAUCCUUGCGUCAGUGGAGUUAUAGCCAAGGUGCUAUUUAUAGCUCUCUUAGAAAUUUCCACUUCGUGUUUCUUCCCUCCUUGCUUGUUCUAGAAUGCAGGUGCGC